AUGCUUUCAAAAAAAAGAAGCUCCAUCUGGAACCAUUUUACAAUAGUAGAUCAAAAGUAUGCUAAAUGUAGUUAUUGCCCGAACAAAAUUAGUUAUGGUGGUGGUUCAAGUGGCAAUUUAUUGAGACACAUGAAAACUAAGCACAUAACAGUACCACUUGAUCGAACUGCACGCCAUCAUUCUUCAAAUACCAUGACUGAGCAAGAGCAUAUUGAGGAACAUAAUAUAGAUGAACCAUCUCCUUCGGGAAUGCCAGCAUCAAAUACUUCCACUCAAAUUUUGACAUCAAUAACACAAACCAAUAUUAGACCCGUUCAGAGCUCCAUAACUUCCUAUGUACAAAAACCAGUAUCCAUUUCAAAAUAA